AAUACUUCACAGUGGUCAGUGUGUUAACUGUGUGGCCAUAACAACACUCCACUUCUUCGCUUGUAUUUUCUAUUAUAACUAUCAUACAGAAUGAGGGAAAUCGUGCACAUUCAGGCCGGCCAGUGUGGUAACCAGAUUGGGGCCAAGUUCUGGGAGGUGAUCAGCGAUGAACAUGGCAUCGACCCAACAGGCUCCUACCAUGGAGACAGCGACCUGCAGCUGGACAGGAUCAGUGUCUACUACAACGAGGCUUCAGGAGGUGGCAAGUAUGUACCCAGAGCGGUCCUAGUGGACCUGGAGCCCGGCACCAUGGAUUCUGUCAGAUCCGGACCGUUCGGGCAGAUCUUCAGACCAGACAACUUUGUGUUUGGUCAAAGCGGUGCAGGAAACAACUGGGCCAAGGGCCACUACACUGAGGGAGCAGAGUUGGUGGACUCGGUCCUGGAUGUGGUGAGGAAAGAGGCUGAGAGCUGCGACUGCCUCCAGGGCUUCCAGCUCACCCACUCCCUGGGUGGGGGCACUGGCUCUGGCAUGGGCACCCUGCUCAUCAGCAAGAUCCGUGAAGAGUACCCCGACCGCAUCAUGAACACCUUCAGCGUGGUGCCCUCCCCUAAAGUGUCGGACACUGUGGUGGAGCCCUACAACGCCACCCUCUCGGUUCACCAACUUGUAGAGAACACAGACGAGACCUUCUGCAUUGACAAUGAGGCUCUCUACGACAUCUGCUUCCGGACCCUCAAACUCACCACGCCGACUUACGGAGACCUCAACCACCUGGUGUCGGCCACCAUGAGCGGAGUGACCACCUGCCUGCGUUUCCCCGGCCAGCUCAACGCCGACCUCCGUAAAUUGGCUGUCAACAUGGUGCCUUUCCCCCGUCUCCACUUCUUCAUCCCCGGCUUCGCCCCCCUCACCAGCAGGGGGAGCCAGCAGUACCGUGCCCUCACCGUUCCGGAGCUCACCCAGCAAGUGUUCGACGCCAAGAACAUGAUGGCCGCAUGUGACCCGCGUCACGGUCGCUACCUCACUGUCGCCGCUGUCUUCCGUGGCCGAAUGUCCAUGAAGGAGGUGGACGAGCAGAUGCUCAACGUCCAGAACAAGAACAGCAGCUACUUCGUUGAAUGGAUCCCCAACAACGUCAAGACCGCUGUCUGUGACAUCCCACCCCGCGGCCUCAAAAUGGCCGUCACCUUCAUCGGCAACAGCACGGCCAUCCAGGAGCUGUUCAAGCGCAUCUCUGAGCAGUUCACCGCCAUGUUCCGCCGCAAGGCCUUCCUCCAUUGGUACACCGGAGAGGGCAUGGACGAGAUGGAGUUCACUGAGGCGGAGAGCAACAUGAACGACCUGGUGUCUGAGUACCAGCAGUACCAGGACGCCACCGCUGAGGAGGAAGGUGAGUUUGAGGAGGAGGCUGAGGAGGAUGCUUAAAGACGGAGUGAAGCAACACGAGCGAGGUGGAAGAAUGAAAAAGAGUCCUACGGAAAGCCGGAAAAGUGCCAAAAGAAAACCGGAGAAAUACUAUAGAACGUAGCUGAGAAGAGGAGGGGCCCAAUUGCACACCCAGAAAUGGAGGAUCAAAUCUGAAAAUGGCUGAAAUGGCUCGAGUAGAAUAGAAUGACAGAAGAAUGUGACUGGACAAGGGAGAAUGAAUGUAAGUAAGAGGAGGAGAGGAGUGACAAGCAGCAUUAUGAACAAAUAAACCGGACACAGUCUGCAUUCCAUUUACUGUAACACCAUUUAAUAAAUAAGUACGUUAAGAAACAAAAUUGUUGAAAGAAAGUUAAAGAAGAAGCCUGUGCCUAUGACAAGAUUGUUCCUGUUAUUUUCAGUCUUUUGUUGCCAUGAUUUUGCAUUUAAUCAUGUCACAAAUAAAUGUGAAUGUGACCACAUAAGCACUACAGGACCUCUAACCCCACAGUUCUGAUUUUGAGACUAUGGUUAUUAACUUAUAGCCUGGUCCCAGAUCUGUUUGUGUUGUCUUGCCACCAACUUCUAUGGUCAUUGCCACGUCAUUGGCAAACAGAUCUGGGAUCAGACUAAUUAACUUCUGAACGGGGGCUUGAUUCUGGCCUGACUUUAAUGAAGGUGUCUGUGCCACCUGGAGCCGCCCUCCCCCGGACGCCAACCAACGUCUGUGAAUACAGGAUGACACAGACAAAGAUGGGAUGAAAUGAAUCAAUGGAUUUAGUUUAAAAGUGCCAAUGGAGCUUUAUAGCAGACAACAAUAUCAUGGCAAUGACCAGUGAACAUGUGUUGAGUUCUACCAUUAUUAUCAAUCUCAAUGAUGGUUGAACUGGAACAUAAUGGGGAGAGGUCCAUGAAUUUUAUUCCAUUUGACCAUAGCAAGGUUUUGAAACAAGAUUAUCUGAAGGAACCUCUGCAAAUGUGUGUGUACAGAACAUUUUAGUAAACGUUUACAUUUUUAACCACUAUUCACAUAGAUGUCAUUGUUAUUUUAGGUCCAAGCCAGGUUAUAUGUCCAAACCCGGCUAUAGUGUCAGGUAUUGUUGACAUCUGUACUGCACUAUGAAGGGAUGAAACUGCAACUCUCUUGUAUGUGUUUUCUUUGUUUUUUCUAUUCUGAUUAUUAUAAAAAUGAUCUCUGAGAAAGUGAAAGGCAAGGUGCCCCUGGGGAGAAAUAAAAAGGCCUUUUUAGAAAACC